AUGGCUAUCAAUCCAAAUCUCUACCAUUCGAAGAUAUCUAUUAUAAAGGCAAAGAUCCGAAUUAAACAUCUACAUCUUUUUCCCCUUUCAGUUUCUGAUAAGUUAGAGCGGGAUAUCUGUGAAUCUCAAAAAUGUUUCAGAGUAGAUAACUAUGCAUCCAAUGUGAAGAGUGAAGUACUUCUAAUGGAUGCUGCAGGCCAACUUCUUCUUACAUUACGGCGCAAGAAAUGGAGUCUUAGGAAGAGAUGGGAAGCAUUGAGAGGAGAUCCAGUAAGGUCUGAGAAGCCUAAAUUUAGCGUUACAAAGUCUUUAGACUUUUCAAAUAAAACCACCGCCAACGUAUUUGUAGAUGGAAGUAAGCAGAUUAAGUACUGCCAUUACCAGAUGGAAGGGUCGUUGUGCAAGGCAUCGUGCACAAUAUUGAAUAAAGCGGGAGAGAUCAUCGCGCAGAUUAAACGAAAGGAAGCUAAGUGUGACAUAAUGUUAGGGAAUGAUGUUUUGAGCCUGUUUAUCGAAGCCGGAGUAGACCAAGCAUUUGUAAUGGGGUUGCUCAUUAUGUUUAAUCAAAUAGACUAA